CAAAGACCCGGCUGAAUUUAGUGUUGCCCCUUUUAAAGAAAUGAUUUUAGGCAGAAUAGAUUUUGGGUCAAAUGAAAGUUUGGGAGUUGACAAAUGCAAGUUUAGAUCAAGCGCCAAGAAGGUUGAAAAGAGAAUCUAAGACUAGGAGAAAAGAAGAUAUGAAGAUCUUAUGGUGGGUGAGUUUAGUAUUUGUAAUUACUAAUGUUGGUGCUUUGGCUGAAGAACCCCAGCUAAGCUCGCCUCGUGUUGUUUUCCAGACAAAUCAUGGAGAUAUUGAAUUUGGAUUUUACCCUAGUGUUGCACCGAAAACUGUUGAUCACAUUUUUAAGCUUGUGCGUCUUGGUUGCUAUAACACCAACCACUUCUUCAGAGUUGAUAGGGGGUUUGUAGCCCAAGUGGCAGAUGUUGCAAGUGGAAGAUCAGCUCCCAUGAAUGAGAAGCAAAGAAGGGAAGCUGAAAAGACAAUUGUUGGUGAAUUUAGUGAUGUAAAACACGUGAGAGGUAUUCUCUCUAUGGGGAGAUAUUCUGAUCCAGACAGUGCACAGUCCUCGUUUUCAAUACUUCUUGGAGAUGCUCCUCAUCUUGAUGGGCAGUAUGCAAUAUUUGGGAAAGUCACUAAAGGUGAUGAGACUUUGCGAAAGCUUGAGGAACUUCCUACCCAUCGUGAGGGGAUCUUUGUAAUGCCUGUGGAGCGCAUCACGAUUCUUUCAUCCUACUAUUAUGAUACCGAGUUGGAGAGUUGCAAACAGGAAAGGGGUAUCUUGAAGCAAAGGCUUGCUGCAUCCGCUGUUGAAAUUGAACGACAGCGAAUGAAAUGCUUUCCUUGAAUAUCAAAACAACAUCUGGAUCAGCAAAGGAAAUGGUCAAGACCUUGCUGUUGUGUAUGAAGUCAGAGACAGGGUUGCAGGUAUGAAUUCUGGUAGAAAAUUGGUGACCAGAAAGUGUUCAAUACCAUGUACCUAGCCAUGGUAAAAAGAAGGAAAGAAAGUUUACGUUGACCUGAAAUCCUCUUGAUUUUGCUUUCAAUUUUCAUCUAGUGCUGACAGCUGAGAACAUGGGUUUGUGAUGAAUAAUAAUGAUUGUGAUUAAGUGUACUGAAUAUCUAUCUGGGCAAACUUCAAUAUAUUAAUCUUUCAAUUUCUUUGAA